UAUUUACAUCAAGGGGCAUGUCCAUUUGUCUGUUGUGGUUUGAUCUGGUAUGAGACGUGAAUGAGAUUUGUUUGGUGUUAUAAAUGAGGGAGCCAAACGGCGCGUGUAUUGAUGAUUGAAACUUGGGAACCAAACCAAAACCAAAAAAGUUCCCAUUUUCAAUCUCACCCAACACCAACAUACGCACAGAUUAUGAAAGGGCAGAGGACUGCCGGGAUUGGGAUUGGGACCUAGAACUUAGAAAUUGAAUAAGAAUUUGGGGGGGAAAUGACGGGAGGAGGAGAAUACAGCGAUCAGAGGCAUCUCCUGAGAUCCAACAGCCACAAAGACGAACAACAUGAUAAAGAAGAGAACCCCGGUGACUUGGAAUCUCAGGUCACUUACCACAACAGCAAUAACGCUGGCUUCAACGAUCUGGUCAAGUAUUUGGGCAGGGGGUUCUCCGCCAGGCGCCUUAGCUUCAAACGCCUCGAUAGAGAUGGGGAUAGAGGUAGAGAACGGUCAUCGCCCUCUUCCCUAGAUCAUCACCACCACCCCCAUCAGCAUCAUCAUCAACAACAACAUCAAGGUCACUACCAUUCUUAUGUGGGGGAUGCCGCUGAUCCGCUGGGAGAUAGCGCUCCUCCCGAAUGGGCUUUGUUGCUUAUUGGUUGUUUACUCGGGGUCGCCUCCGGUCUCUUCGUGGCCGCCUUCAACGGAGGAGUUCACGUUAUACAUGAAUGGGCAUGGGCUGGGACUCCAAAUGAGGGUGCUGCUUGGCUUCGUAUGCAGAGUCUGGCUGACACUUGGCAUCGGAUUCUUUUGGUACCAGUCACUGGAGGUGUCAUUGUUGGAAUGAUGCAUGGUUUACUCGAGAUAUUGAACCAAAUACGGCAAUCCAGUUCUUCCCAACAACAAGGUUUCAGUUUGGUUGCUGGGGUCUUCCCUACAGUAAAAGCUAUCCAGGCUGCCAUAACUCUAGGUACCGGUUGUUCUUUGGGACCAGAAGGCCCCAGUGUAGACAUUGGAAAGUCAUGUGCCAAUGGAUUCUCAUUAAUGAUGGAAAACAACAGAGAAAGAAAAAUUGCUCUUGUGGCCGCUGGAGCAGCAUCUGGGAUUGCUUCAGGUUUUAAUGCUGCUGUUGCUGGUUGCUUCUUCGCUAUUGAAACUGUAUUAAGGCCUCUCCGUGCUGAAAACUCACCUCCGUUCACAACUGCAAUGAUUAUUUUGGCCUCUGUUAUCUCGUCUACUGUAUCAAAUGCUGUACUUGGGACAGAAUCAGCUUUCACUGUGCCAUCAUAUGAUUUAAAAUCUGCUGCUGAGCUACCUUUGUAUCUGAUCUUGGGGAUGCUAUGUGGUGUUGUAAGUGUAGUCUUCGCUCGCUUAGUUUCUUGGUUCACAGCAGCAUUUGAGUAUAUCAAGGAGAAAUUAGGACUACCUACUGUAAUCUGUCCCGCUUUAGGUGGUUUAGGAGCUGGAAUAAUAGCUCUUAGGUAUCCUGGAAUUCUAUACUGGGGCUUUACAAAUGUCAAUGAAAUCCUACAUACUGGGAAGUCCGCAUCUGCUCCCGGAAUCUGGUUGCUAACCCAACUGGCAGCAGCCAAAGUUGUUGCCACUGCUUUGUGUAAGGGGUCUGGGCUUGUAGGUGGCCUUUAUGCACCUAGUUUGAUGAUUGGUGCUGCCGUCGGUGCUGUAUUUGGAGGCUCAGCUGCUGAACUUAUUAAUUCAGCUAUUCCAGGCAAUGCUGCUGUUGCACAGCCACAAGCAUAUGCACUGGUUGGAAUGGCUGCCACAUUAGCUUCAGUUUGUUCAGUUCCUCUAACUUCAGUUCUGCUUCUAUUUGAGCUAACUAAAGAUUACAGGAUAUUGCUUCCUCUCAUGGGGGCUGUUGGAUUAGCAAUAUGGGUUCCUUCUGUGGCUAACCAGAACAAGGAGACUGACUCUGAAAUGAGGACUUCAGCAAGAGGAUAUUCUUCUGUUUCUGCUGCUGAGGAACUCUCUGUCAUAGAAAAGGCUGCUGACCAAGAAGCACUAGAUGAUGAUAUGCUUCUUGAAGAUCUUAGGGUGUCAAAGGCCAUGUCUAAGAAGUACUUAAAGGUGUCAAUGGCUGCUACUGUAAGAGAGGCAAUGAAAUGCAUGCAUGACAACCAUCAGAAAUUUGCGCUUGUGGUCGAUGAAGAUGAAUUUCUGGAGGGGAUUAUCACACUUGGUGAUAUUAGACGGUGUCUGUCUAAGAAGCAGCCUAGUGAUAUCUCCAUGGGUGAUUCAACAGCUGACGUGAAUCCAUGUCUUGUUUCGUCUGUUUGCACGAAAGGAAUAAGCUUCCGUGGGCAGGAGCGCGGACUUCUAACCUGCUUUGCAGAUACUGACUUGGCAAUUGCUAGGGAGUUGAUGGAGGCUAGUGGAGUAAAACAAUUGCCAGUGGUGAAUCGUGGGGGAGAACCCCACAAAGGAAGGAAACGGAGAGUCAUUGCUGUUCUUCAUUACGAAUCAAUCUGGAACUGUCUCAGAGAAGAGAUAAAUCACAGGAAGUCCGUGUAUCAGCAUAGCAAUAGGAAGGAUAAUAAUGAAGAGGAGAUUAUAAAUUCCAAUGGCUAUUAAUUAAUGUGUCUCUUUCUCUCUCACACACACUCUCGGCUUGCUGCCUGCAACUACUUAUAUAGAAUUAGAACGACUUAGAAGCAAAUUGUUUAUGCUGUCUUUAGAAUCAUAAUUAGAAUUGGGUCUCCAAAUCUGGCACUGGGUGGGGAUAUUACAGAAGCUUUUGCUGUGGAUCCUUUUGAUGUAAUUUACCGAACAAAAAAUAUACAUACAUACAUAUAUAUACGUAUGUCUUUGUAAUUGUACUCACAACAAUGUUCUUUAUUUUGCCUCCGCAUCACUGGAUAGAAACACAAAGCAAAGAAAUUCCAUUGUCUUCUAUUA